GUUUAUCUUUCAUUAUUUUCUUCGGUAAAUCUUAAACAAGGCUCCGAUUUUGCCCUCUUUUAUGAUUGUUGUGGAAAGUUAAUUUGAUAUAAAUAUCAUCGACCAAUACCAAUUUUUCUGAAUGUGUGAAUAAAUCAUAUGACACAGUUGGAGAUAAAUAUAAAUAAGGAACUGAGCGAAGGUUAGUACCGGGUCAGCUCAUGUGAUCAUUCCAUAGAGAUGUUUGUAAAUACAGGUGGGGCAGCAUUACAAGACUCGGCUCCAUAUAUUCUACUUGCCUGUUGAAUAUAUCUAGAAAGAAUCUUUAGCUUUUGCUAAUUUCAAUUCUUUACAUACACACGAGAAGAAAUGGAACGGAAUCUGAAUUUUAUUACCGUGAUAUUUUUGCUUAUAUUAAACAAUUUCCUUCUUUCGUCGUGCAAUGAAGGCACAUCCUGGACGUCGUACCACACUCAGAACCAUCUCCCAAAUAACGACACACUUGCAGAACUAAGCCAGACAAACUCUUCAACGGUAACAGCAACUACAUCGGAAGCGACAACUAGAUUGGAAACGACUACGAUAGAGCCCGUACCGAUUAAAAAACCCUGUGAAGCUAUUAUCGGAAACAUUAGUAAUGUGGUGUCAAAAUUCUAUCGCUGUAGUAUUGAACGUGCUCGUCCAUAUCGCUUUUGUACCGAAUGUUUGCAGGACUACAAAGCAGCCAUUGACCUUUAUUCCGACAUCGCUUCAGCUAGCAAGAAUAGUACUCUAGUAAUAUGUAAAAAUUUACUUAUGAAGUCCGACUAUGCUCCACUAAUACCAUCAGUUUUUCAAGACAUCGAAACACUUUGGAGUUCUGCUUAUUGUUCAAGUUGCUAUAGUGUGACUGAAGAUAAAGUUGAGCUGAACAAUAAAACUGUUAAAUUCAUUGACAGCUAUAAGGAAAUGAUUGCCUGCUUUGAAAAUAAUACACUUAAUCAGUCAAAGAUGAACAUCUGUCAGGCCUGUAUUGAAAGCUACAAGAAACUCAACUCUGACUUCAGGACUAUAGAAGAUUAUUCUUCUCCAAGUAUCUGCAUGGACGUUAUGGAUAUGAUGAACUACACCAGGCUGCUGUGGAGCCAAGAUUGUCCUACCAAAAACAGACAAGACAAUACAGUGUUAACUGUUAGUGUUUCAGUUAGCCUCAUAAUCAUCACCGUUAUCUACUAUGUAUGCAUGUAUCUUAUUGGCAAAGGAAAACUUUUCAAUUUCUGCCACUACAACUCCCUGUCGAACAAUUCAAACAGUCUGUACAGAUCCAUUAGUGAUAUUCCAGGUAUAAAUACUCCAUCAGCCUCAUCACAAAGAUAAUAAUGUUAAAAAAAAAUGAAUAAAACAAAUUAUUUCCA